GGGGGGUAGGCCUUUCACUAUGUCGGCACUCCCUCGUAUUCGACGUUUUUAUCCACCAUGGGCCCGGACUCGCGUGCUGAUUCACAACCUAGGGUCUCAUUUGUCCCGCAGAACCAACUCUGCAUCUGGCCUCUCUGUCUCAACUGUCCUCUAUCCAUGAUUCAAUUCGUGUUCAUUCCAUCAUAUCUCGGAGGUGAGCAGCGGCGAUGCAAGCCUUGAAAUCCUGGGAUAUCCCGCUUGAGGAAAUCCCCGUGUAUAUCGGGGACCGGCUCUUGAUUUUUACUGCUUUUUUUGUCCCGCUUCAAGUAUUCUGUGUUGCUCUACGUUUCUUUGCUAGGUACAAAAUCAGCACGCCAUGGGGCUUGGAUGAUGCAUUGAUUCUAUUCGCACUCGCGGAACAGUUGGCCAUGGCAGGCCUCAGUAUCGGUGCAGUGAAGACGGCUGGUGUUGGACACCAUAUUCCCUACCUGCUCGUGACGAGACCGUGGACUUUGCGAACCUGGGCCAAAUAUCUCCUUGCUAUGUCAUAUCUCUAUUUAGGGAGCGUGAACGUCCCGAAAUUCUCAAUUCUGUUACUGUACCAUAGGCUCUUCCCGACCAGACCAAUGAGCACAAUCACAAAAUUCAUGAUGAUGGUGCUGGGUCUCAUUACGAUAUCCACGAUCCUCGCUACGACCUUCGUCUGCCGACCGUUCUCUGCCAAUUGGAAUGGGUCUAUCCCUGGAAACUGUGGAGAGAAGAAAAUCCUGUAUAUUUGGGCCAGCUUCCCGAACAUUGUUACAGACGUAAUUCUUCUACUUCUUCCAAUGCCAGUUCUAUGGUCACUGAAGGUCACUCCGCGGCUGAAGCUGGGACUGACAAUCACUUUUGCAAUUGGCAGCUUAGGGUUAGUGACAUCAAUCAUGCGCUUUCAGAUCUUUUUCCGAAACAACGCCUUUAUCGACGGGACCUGGACCGCUGUCGACUUAGUUAUGUGGACCCAAGUUGAGACCGGCAUGUAUCUGAUAUCUGCCUGUCUUCCAACCUACAGACCACUUCUCGAGCACUUUGGAGUCAAGGGGGUGUUUUCCAGAAUCAGCCGCUCGGUAUCACGAAGGUACGGCACCACUGAGACAAGGGACUCUCUGCCACUCCAAUCAGUCUCUGUCGUCAGUCAGAGCUAUUACCGCCACGACGAAGUAUACACUGGCUCCUAUCCACAAAAGUUUCAGGUUACCGUCAGCCACGAGAUCACCCAGCAUAUUCAACCGCAAAUGAUGCACACACCUCUAUAAUGGCCUUAACUUUCGGAGAAUCAUGUAUGGACAUUGUCUAAUAAUUCAGAUGCUCUGGAAUUCAAGACAUCAACUUUAGUGAACACCACGACCAAACCCCGUUGUUGGCGAACACUGGUAUCAUAUCUCCAACAACACACCAUGGCAGGCCAGUAAAUAGGAAUAUAAGUCUCGAUACUGGUCUACAUGUAGACAGAUAAUCUUGUUUCGCAAAGCUCCAAUGGGAGAUUCCAUUAGCAUUUGAUUUUUAAGCUAGGCAUCCAGCCUUUCUUCUCUCCGUGACUUGGGCUUCCCCAGGACUUCAUCACCUCUGCUGGCUGGAAGAGAACCUCUAUGGCAAUAUAUUUGGAAAACUGCUACAGAAUCACCACAUAUCAGCUGGACAAUCGAAAUUUUUGCAUAUCGCGGGUCUUUCAACUCUCCUUUUGAUCAGUGCUUGCUCUUGGGCAAUGCGAUCGUCUAACUAAGGUUCUAUGGUUUCACCAACGUUUCACCAACAUCUCUGCGAAUUAGUGCGUGGUUUGACCAUGGUUGAUGCCCCCAAGCUCUGAAGCCACCCCUGAUUGAGAACUGCGUCUGUAUCCUUGGCUUCAGGCUAAAUGGCCCACAUCAAGAGUGAAG